AUGAGCUAUGAUGGAAUAAAAUCAAAAUCUAUCGCUGCUUCCUCCAAUGUAAUAAGGAUACCUCCCAUAUUAGAUAUGAGUUUCUUGAAUGAUACCAGCAAUAACAGAAUUGAUGAAGCUCAAGAUAAACUAUUGCAUGAUCCGACUUUAGUGGAAAAUUAUUCAGAUGUGCUAAAGACAAAGCCUGAAAGUCGUUUCAUUAAAUCUAGUGAUGAUGAUAGCAGCAGUGCUGCUGGAAGUGUCGUUUUAACGCCAACUGCUUCAUCAGAUAUCUCACCUUCUAAGUUGCAGAGAAGUAGCAUAUUAAGUACAUCGUCUAGUCGUUAUUCGAUGCAAGCAAAUAUUAAAGAAGAUAAGGAAACCACGAAUGUUAAUGAAAGCCAUCAACCGGCAGGAUACGAUCCAAUUAUGGAAGAAGAAGAUAAAAUAGAGGAGGAACAUAUUGAAACAAGCAAUAUUGAUAGAGAAGAAAGUGAUUCUGACGAAGAUAAUAACAGGAAUGAUUAUGACUAUUCAGAUUCUGACUUCGAAGAUAAUUUAGAACAGCGAUUACAUAAACUAAAUUCUUCCUUAUCGGAUAAUAAUACAGAUGAUGAAUUACACCCCGAACAGUAUACCAACGAUUUAGAACGUACUCAUAGUCAACUACAUGAGACUCUUCAUGAUAAUGAUGAUGAUGAUGUCUAUAAAGAUUUGGAACUCGCUUUAUCCGCAGAUGAAGACGAAGAAAAUGAAAGUGAUGAAGAAGGCAUGGAAGAGGAAUACCAACCGUUACCGCCCCCGCAGGAAUUAGAUCCAGAAAAAUUAUACGCUUUGUAUGCGUUCAAGGGACCGGACUCAUCUCAUUGUCAAUUAGAACAAGAUGAAGCAUGUAUACUUUUGAAUGAUCAGGAUUCAUAUUGGUGGUUAAUCAAGAGAUGUAAUGAUGGUAAGAUCGGGUUUGCUCCUGCUGAAAUCUUGGAAACUUUCCCAGAAAGAUUAGCUAGAUUGAAUUGUUGGAAAAAUGAAAAUAUGUCAUCUCGAUCUCUUGAUCUCACCACUUCUGAUAAUGUUGUUGCUGCUGACACACUUACUGUCAAAGAGAGUCCCAAUGAACAUCUUAACAAAGACCCCGAAUUGGAGAAGAAGGAUACUAAAUUGUCAGAAAGUUCCAGAGAAGUGAACAAAGACGCAUUAAGUAUUUUAAAAGCUUAUAAAAAGGGAAACAAAUCAGUUAGUUUUAACGACGUGAUAAGUUAUGCUGAUCGAUUUAUUGAAGAGCAUAAUACAGAGAAUGAGAUAAAUGAAGAACUGAGCGGUGUCACACAUCAUGAUGAGUUUUCUCAGGAAAGACUUGAUUUCAAUGAUGAUAUCAGUGAUACUGUUAGUGACGUUUCCUUUACAACAGGAAAUGCGUCACCACUUAAUAUAAAGAAAACAAGACAACCUGUAGAAGAAGUUAAAAGAAUACCGAGUGCCUUUGCAGAAAAUAAUAGUGAUGAAGAUAUUGAAUCAACUGAGAAGUUAAGUCUGACAGAGGAUAUUCAUGCAGGUUUAACUGACCAAGAUAAACAGGAUGGAAAGCCCGAAAGUAAAGAUGAUCUUAAGAAGAUAUUUGAAGCUCCAGUUUUACCAUUUGGAUCUACAGCUAGUGCUACAGAUAAAAUUCAAAACUCUACGUCCGACUAUUCGAUAUCUAGUAUUGGCGAGUUUUCGCCAUCUUCGUCAGAAAGAACGGAGGAUUCACCUAACAUGCCAAGUGGAGAAUUUUCUAAACCAUCAAGUGCAGCUGUAAUCCCAACCCUUCGAGCGGUUCAAGAUAUAUCUAAAUUUGUUAAAAAUGAGGAUGGAAUAGAUACUAAUUCUAUCGAGAAAACACUGAUAGAGGGUGAUGGAGAAAAUAAGUCAGAAGCAGAUAUAGAUGCAGCCUCUUUGACAUCCUCUGACAUAGACAAUGAUCAUGCUGAGGCAAUGCUAGACGCUGAUAUAUGUGAACAAAACUCUAAAUCAUCGUUAGUCUCUUCAACAUCAGAAGGAAUAUUUAUGGAUUCACAGAAGGCUCAAUCUACAACAAGUAUAAAUAGUACUUUCUCCAUGGCAAAGGAAAAGCUUGAUCUGAACACUAACCGGCAGGAUAUAGUUGAAAAAGCAUUGGCUAUUGAUGAUAGUGAACCACAUGAAAUCAUCAAAAAUCUAUAUAACCCAUUAUUCAAUAAGAUGGAUGAUCUUCUGCAACAAUUGGACAAAAUUAUCCAAAGUUAG